GUAACAUUUAUUCAACAAUAAUUUCUUUUCUCUAUUCAGUACCUACUUAUUUCAAGGCAGAUGCUACAUGCUGGGGACACAUGUAAGUAAGUUAACCAUGCUCUCUGCCCCGAUAAGGCUUAGAUUCUAGUUGGUGAGAGACAUUAUGCAGAUAACUGUGCAAUUACUUAUUUAAUCACAACUGUGAAGAGAACUCUGAAGGAGAAAGAUAAUGUGUUAACAGGAGUCCCAUCGUAAUCCUGUGGGUCAGGGGAAGUGUCUUUAAAGAAAUGGUAUUUCAGAGGAGCUGGUUAGGCCAGGGGUUUGGCCUUGAGGAAGAGAAGGGCGUUCCAAGCUGAGGGAGCAACAUGGGCAAAGGCUCUGGAAUCAUUUUGCACUAGAUGAGGUUCAACAAAGAAAAGAAUUAAUGUCUUACUUUAAGAAGGAAGGAAUGGUAGGUGGCAGAUGUUUUAUAUAAUCACCUGUUUCCCCCAAAGGCAGACAGUGUGGGUGCCUUAUAAUUUUACCAGCACCAUGAAACAACAGUAGGGAAUAUUGAAAAUAAUUCUGAUUGAGGGAAGGGAAGAUUUCAUGGAGGCAAUUAUACUAGGGUUUUACAGGAUGGGUUGAGCUACAAUAGACAUGAAUAAACUAGAGGAUAAGAAGCUAUAGACCAAAUAAGUCACUGAAAUGUAAAAUGUUUGGUAUUAGCAAGACGGCAGAAUUUAUGCUUGUAUUUUCUUAGAUCUACUUCUCUGGGCUCCCGAAAGCAUACCGUGGAAUCCGCUGCCAGAGCCACUUACAGUAAAGUUGUCCUGUUUACAGGUUUUUGAUAAGCUGUUUUUAUUCUUUAAUAAAUAAGAAAAGAGGCCAUUGUCCUUUACAAAAUAGCUGAGGUUGUACUUGAACAAAAUCUGUUUGGAAAUGUUAAGCUGGUUACACAGAACUAAUAUGCCUCAAGGUGGUCAUUCUCUCUGGAUUAAAGCUGUGGAACAAUUGUGGCUCCUGUUACAAGGAAAAUGACAAAGGGCCAUUAUGAAAAGGGACAAAAAUCUCUGUUCCCAGAGGGGGACUGACAAGCUGAAAGUCCCCCUGUACAUGCCAACACAAAAGGCUGAUUGCCUCCGAUUGUUUGUUUAUGUAAAUCAAAAGGCUGCCAUUAAUUCUGCAAGUGGGACUGCUGAGCAACAAAGAAGGUGGUGAUUGGCCAGAUUCUCGCUCAUGGGUUGGUGGCAAAUCUGACAAAUUCUAUUACUUUUGUGCUAUGCUCUAUCUGCACACCUUCAGGAAAAGAAGCUUGUUAUUAUGCACUAAAGGAAAUCAUUUGUGUCCUUAGAGUAAGAGCUGGAUUUGAAGGCAAGAGAACUUCUCAAGGAUCUUCCCCAAAGCUCUCUCCAAGUCGGACUCAACUGUACAUCAUGACAGACGUUCCAGUGACAUUCAGUCAGGUUGAGUGUAAUGGGGAUACACCCCCUGAAAACGGUCAACAAAAAAUCACUAAAAUCACGGAAAAAGCCAGUGAUAUGGGUGGCACCCCACCAUACUGCAGGGUAGAAUCUAGUCUUGGAGAUGAACCCACGAAAGGAAGUCAGGAGAAAAGUGAAAAAUUACAAGAGAACAUACUGCUCCACUCGUCCAUGGAGGAGAAGAUUCUAAAAGAAAAACCAGAAGAGAAUCUCUACAUUGCUCAUAAGGCUAUCACAGAUCUUUCUCUCCAAGAAACAAGUGUUGAUGAAAUGACAUUCAGAGAAGGACAUCAGUGGGAGAAGAUUCCCUUGAGCAGCAGUUACCAAGAACCAAGUAGACGAAAGGAAAGGAUUGCUGAACAACCUUUAGGAGAGAGAGAAGAUGAGGAUCUGAAGAACAAAACUCAACACCAGGCAAUGGAAAUUGAAUGGCUAGGAUUUCGGAAACCAAGCCAAGCUGAUGUGUUGCAUUCUAAGCAUGAUGAGGAGCAAGCGGUUUGGGAUGAAGAAAUUAAUAAUGAUGAUGAUGAUGAUUGCAAAGAUGAUGAAGAUGAAGUUCAAGUGAUAGAACUUAAGAAAAAAAAUGAAGAGCGUUCUCAGUUAAAAGAGGAAGGCGAUGCAUGUGAGGACUCCCCACUGAGCAGCCCCAGUUCCCAACCUGUCACACCUGAUGAGCAGCCAACCUUCGGGAAGAAGGGUGAUAUUUCCAGAAAUGCUUAUUCAAGAUACAAUACGAUAUCCUAUCGGAAAAUCAGAAAGGGGAACACCAAGCAAAGAAUUGAUGAAUUCGAGUCUAUGAUGCAUUUAUAAACUAACUGGAACUGAGAAGUUCUCAUGCCCACUAAAGCAAAAGCUAAUUCUCUUUUCCUGAGAUGCAUCUUUGUAUGCCUUGAGUCAUCCCCCAUAAAGAAGUGGAAGCUUAAUCUCUGUUUCACCGCAGAAUAAUGUGGAAAUAACCCUAGGCAAAACUCAGUCUGGUAACCUCAGAUCAAAAAGCUUUAGAUUCAUUCUUGGAUAUUUGCUUUUUAAAUCCUCACUAAUAUAGCCUGUGUGCUAAGCACUAAACAGUUUGACUUUAAAAGUAGCAAUGCCGGGAAAUGUAGUCAUCAAAUGAAAGAGGACUAUUUGAAAUGAAAUGUAUUUCUUUUGGUGUCUUUCUUCCUGUACACUGAGGGUGAUAGAAAGUCUGGUAUCAAAUCUCUCUUUCUUUAAAACGUGGUUUUACAGACUCUGGCAAUAAACUUUCCAAAAUACUUUGCCUUUCCUAUUAUCUUCAGAUUUUAAGUUGUUUUUCUUGGCACGUACAGAGUGAAAUUCUGUAUAGGCUGCCUUCCUAGGUGUUACCAUUCACUGAAUUUUCUCACUAGAGGGGCUGAGCAAUUGUCAGUCAGGAAAAUUCUGUUUACUAAAUGUUGGCUUUAUGUUCUCAAGAUGAAUUAAAUCCAUUGUGAGAUUGCCACAGGGAGGGGCUGGAAGAUUGGUGGGCAAUUGACUAAAGAGUUAUAUCAGAUAGAUUAUUUCUGAGACUGAAAAUAAAAUCUUGUCUAGCACAGUUAAUGUCAUUAAACAUGAAAAUGACAGCUUUAGCACAAUUUUAAGAAAAUACCCCUCUCUAUUACUACACUUUCUCCUAUUAAGAGUAUCUCAGAAUAAUUUUCUUUCCUUAGAAACCUGAGACAACUCUAGUCAUAACUGUACUAGUUACUAUGAAAAUGGAAAUAAUUAUCUUAGAAUAUUUUCAAAGUAGAGUGUGAGCAUGUAUUUUUAGUGAGAAAGCUCUGAUGGUUGUUGGGAAUAUAUAAUUUACUGGACCUCAGCCCAAAUCAAGAUGCCUAAAAUUGUGCUUGUGAAGCUUCACUCAAACCAAUGUGUCAGAUAAUGUAUUGAAUAUUUAUGAAAAGGGAGAGUCUAUAUUUAUAUUCUUAGAUAGUUCCAUAAUUUUUCAUUUCAUGCUUCUAUAUAUAUUAUCCUGAGCUUUCUGUCACCACAGAUAAAGACAUUUCUUUUGGCCCUAGAAAUAAAAAGACAAUUCGUUAUUGUCUGAAUGUAAUACAGUCUUCAUUGUACUAUUCAACCCUUUGUUUAUUUAUUUUUCAUUUUGUGAAAAACCCUGGGUUAGCCCUUCUCAGAGUUUUGCUUGUUUAUGUGUAACAAAUCCCACACAUUCUAAAGGCACUUUCUUUAAUUCUUUAUUAUCAUGUAAUAUGUUUCCAUGGUAUCAUAUACUAUUAGUGUUUACGAGACUCAAUUUUGAAUUUUUUCCUUUUAUUCUUUCAAACAGAUACUUCACAACCUGACCAUAUAUAAGUCUGUCACGCUUAAUCUAUAGAAUCUAUACAUUUCAUUCUCGACAAUGCAAGUUUUCAGAAUAAAGACAGGGAAAUCAGUUUUUUAUUGACAAAUUUCGGUAGAAGAUUGAUGCACUAGGACAAUUACCUGUUUACUUAGAGCCUCUAAAUCUUUUCACUUGGACAAGCUAUUUUCUUUUUGGAUUACUGGUGACCCCUACUAUUUUCUACUUAACGUCAAAGCACAGUAUUGUGUUAUCCAUCAUGGAACAGGACCAUAUUCUUAACCUACCAUCAACAGAGCCUGUAUUUUGAAUUAUUCCAGCAGAGGCAGCCAAUUCCUGUGGAACUUGAGUGAGGUGGGAGGUCUGUGGUCAUUUGAUGUGGCCAAGCAACUAGCUCUAAUUGGGCUCCAAAAUAUAGUAACCCUGGCCCUUUUAGUUUUGUGCUCUUACCAGAUGAUUAACCAACUAUGAAAGAUUUUAUCAACAAGACUAUUUCAGGGUAUGUUCAAUGAGUAAAUGCUUAAUGCUCAUGAAUGAGGCAAUGUAGUUGCAGAAGAGCGCUGAAACUAUUAUUUGGCAUUAGUGCCCAUCGCCCUAUUCCGCCAUCUUACACUAAGGCCACAGAGCUUAGUGACUGUAAGUACAUAAUGGUGAUGGGUGGCUGUUUGAUUCUUGUAGCCUAAGAAAGACAAGGGUCUGGUUCAGAUCUCAUGGGGGGAUACUUAACAUAUUUGAAAAGCAUAUGGGACACAUUAAGAACACAGAUUGGUAGCUACACAUGAAGGUUUACUGCUUUUGUGCUUCAAGGUUCAGGAAUGGAAGAAGGACUCUGGUACCUGGUAGGAGGGAGAAUUGACUUAUUGUGAGAAUGCUGGUAUUUCUUACAUGACUUUUUAUUUUCCUUAGAUGCUGGGUGAACAGGAAGUAAUAACAGCUCUAUUUCUCUGUCAAUAUAAAACUUAACCCUUCAUAUAAUGCUACCUUUGAAGACACAGAAUAUAUCAGACUCUAUCUAUCUACCUAUUAACAGUUUAAAUAAAGAACUGUGUUUGACUUGCUCUCAAUAAAAGUUUGUGUCCUUGUU